UUUCCGAAGCUUUUUUUCGAUAAAGAAGCUUGACUGAAUAGAAAUUUAAGAUGUUUGCAAAAUUCGCAUCAGGUUUUUUAUUACUAGCUGUCGCAACUUUAUUUUUGGAUACCUAUGCUAUCACCAUCAGCACCGACCAACCGGGCAAAAUGAAUUUUAUGAGCUACGGAAAGUGUCUUUUUAAAUGUCAUAAAUCUCACAAGGACCCAGUUUGUGCAAUGCUUGGUAAUGGAAAACAUGUUAACUUCGGAAGAAAAACGUACGAUUGCCUCAAAAAAAACUGCGGGCGAGGUGGAAUAAUCAAACAUACGGGUGUAUGUAUGGCAAGUGAUCUGAAACGAGAACAUUCAUCAUAAAAGCCUGCAUUCGUCAUCCAUAUCGCAUAUUUCGGGUGGCCUAGAAUGAUUAUAAAACAUACUUUUAUUCUCUACAAUAUAAUAUAAUAUAUGUGCUUCGACUAAAUGUAAAUGACGUCACUUAGCAAAAAUUUUACACUUCUUAACGAAAAACAAAUGUAUAUAAGUGCAAUACUUAUCGUAACACAUUCAUGUUAAAUAAAUUAAAUUUUUAAAUAU